AGAGGUUCUUCACAUCUUCUCCUUCACCACUUCCUGCAGUCUCCCACUGUGUCAUCAGCAUUCAACAAUGGCGCUUUCUUGUGCAGUCACAGCACUUCUCUUCUCACUGGUUCUCUUUCAUGUCGAUGCUUCAUCAGGCCGAGCCCUUCUGCAUGGCUCCGUCUCUUGCCUUGACUGCAAGGAAAAGAGCCACCAGCUCCAUGGAAUUAGGGUUUUGGUGGGUUGUGAUGGAGUGAAGAAGAUGGCGAUGGCAGUAACAGAUGAUAAUGGCCACUUUAGAACUGAGCUUCCACGGGACUCUUCUUCUAAGUCUUCUACUAAGUGCUUAGCCAAGCUACUUGGUGGGCCCAAGCAGCUUUGUUCCUCCAGAAAAACCCUAGUCUACAAUGUCGUGGAAGCUGAUCAUGGCAAAAACUCUUUCACCAUAGCCAAACCUCUUGCCUUCUUCACAUCAUGUUCUACAAACACCAAGGCCAAGACUCAAUCAACACCGUUGGAUGAGAUGACUAAGACCUUCACAACGGAUUUCGGACCGUUCAAAACCAUCAAUAUACCUCUACCAUCGGAGUGGGGACUUGCACCAACCAGUGACUAUAUUCCAAUCAUGCCCAUCAUUGGAAUUCCUUGAGUGCCCUUGUAUAAUCUAGUACCAUGGAAACUAUAAUAAGGUUAUGUAGUUUAUGCUUUCCUAGAGAUUAUACCUAUAUGUAUUAUUGAAGGUAGAAGGGCCUGUGUCCCUGACGGAACUUGUUUUUAUUCUCACUAUAGUAAAGUACUUUGUGAAAUAUUAAAAAUACAUAAGCACUUAAUAUUGCUUUUUA